AUGCAGCUGUGGAAUACUGCUCUCCAGCUCUGUCUGCUGGCUUCUGCUGCUGUCCCCGCGACCGCAGCAUCUUGGGGCUUUACUGAUGCCACCGUGUCAGUUCAGACCAAAGGCGCAGGUGUCGGAGCUGGACUGAAGGAACAGAUCCCCGACAACAAGCCUCUCUCCAAGCCCGUCUCCCUCGGGAGCUCAGAUACGUUGAAGGUCGUUUUGACAGCUCAGGAAGGGCGCACCCCGAAGGCAGCACACCAAGUCUUCCUUCUCCUCAAGGACCCCGAAACUGGCCUGGAUAUCUCGUAUCCAUUCAAUGUUAAGGAUAACGGAAAAUCAAGAAUUGAGCUGACUCAGAAAGACCUCCCCCUUCAAUUCCUCUCAGUGUCUGAGCCAGUUGAUGCGAGAUUCCUCAUCGGAUCCUUCGGUACCGCUAAAGCAUACAAUGAAGCCGCGUUCCAAUUGACCGUCGCUCGAAACCCUGACGUGCCUAUUCCCUCCGUCGAAGUCUCGCGAUACGGCAAACUGCCCGAGAUCCACCACAUUUUCAAGACCGAUGCUCAGAGCCCCAACAUCAUUAUUACUUUGGUCUUUGUCGGCAUGACUCUAACUGCUCUUCCAGUCCUUGCUGGCUUGUGGCUCUACCUCGGCGCCAACCUAAACCAUCUUCCUACCGCGUUCAAGUCGGCUCCCAUUCCUCACGCCGUCUUCCUCGGAUCGCUGAUUUCUUUCGAGUGGGUCUUCUUCCUUUACUACACUUCCUGGAACCUUUUCCAGAUCCUCCCCGCUGUUGCCGUGGUUGGCACUGUCGCGUUCAUCAGCGGCAGCCGUGCAUUGGGUGAGGUUCAGGGUAGACGUUUUGCUGGUCUUAGGUAA